GGAGAGGUGAGCGACCCAAACAGGGGUGGUGUGGAACCAAUGAUGUGUAUACGUACCAUUGAGUGGAACAAGCAGCAGUGAAGCGUGCGUUUUGAUAUGUCGGACCCGGCGGCACAGGCCUUGCAACCCCGGCUACAUCAAGCUCAGUCUGGUGGGACUGCUGGGUCUAACGCUGCUGCGGUGGGAUCUGGAUCGGGGAACAGUGACCCAGUCAGACCAGGUCUUAGCCAACAACAGCGGGCGAGUCAGAAAAAAGCCCAAGUCAGAGCUUUUCCACGGGCGAAAAAGCUCGAGAAACUCGGCGUCUUCUCCGCUUGCAAGGCUAGUGACACAUGCAAGUGCAAUGGCUGGAAGAACCCACAACCGCCGACUGCCACCCGAAGUAUGGAUUUACAGCAACAAGCGGCCAGCCUUAGCGAGUCCUGCCGCAGCUGCGGGCAUGCCCUGGCGGCCCAUGUGUCCCACCUGGAGAACGUGUCAGAGGAGGAGAUCAACAGGCUGCUGGGCAUGGUGGUGGAUGUGGAGAAUCUCUUUAUGUCUGUGCACAAGGAGGAGGACACUGACACCAAGCAGGUCUACUUCUACCUCUUCAAGCUGCUGAGAAAAUGCAUCUUGCAGAUGAGUCAGCCGAUAGUGGAGGGAUCAUUGGGGAGUCCCCCCUUUCAGAAGCCCAACAUUGAGCAGGGAGUGUUGAACUUCGUUCAGUACAAAUUCAGCCACCUGGCACCCAGAGAGAGGCAGACGAUGUUUGAGCUCUCCAAGAUGUUCCUCCUGUGUCUGAACUACUGGAAGCUGGAGACUCCCACGCAGUUCCGCCAGCGGUCCCAGAAGGAUGAUGGCACAGCCUACAAAGUGGACUACACCAGGUGGCUAUGCUACUGCCAUGUCCCCCAGAGUAACGACAGCCUGCCGCGCUACGAGACCACGCAGGUGUUUGGCCGCAGUCUGCUCAAGUCAAUCUUCACCGUGACGCGCCGCCAGCUCCUGGAGAAGUUCCGAGUGGAGAAGGACAAGCUCCUACCAGAGAAACGCACACUCAUCCUCACACACUUUCCCAAGUUUCUGUCUAUGCUAGAGGAGGAGAUCUAUGGGGAUAACUCUCCCAUCUGGGAAGCUGACUUCACCAUGCCUGCCUCAGAGGGGGGCCAGCUGGGUCACCAGUUAGUGAUCAGCCCUGCUGCAGUGUCGGGCUCGCCCUCCUUCUCUAAGGGCAUGAACAUUGGCUCUUCGCUAGGCAGUCUGGGGCUGGACUCUGGCGUGGCUGAGCCCAUAACAGGAGAGAAGAGGAAGCUUCCAGAAGUUCUGACCCUGGAGGACGCUAAGAGGAUCAGAGUGAUGGGAGACAUCCCAAUGGAGUUGGUCAACGAGGUCAUGAUGACCAUCACUGACCCGGCUGCCAUGUUGGGCCCAGAGACGAGUCUGCUGUCUGCCAAUGCUGCUCGUGAUGAGACAGCCAGGUUAGAGGAGAGGCGGGGCAUCAUAGAGUUCCAUGUCAUAGGGAACUCUCUUUCCCAGAAGUCCAACAAGAAGAUUCUGAUGUGGCUGGUGGGCUUGCAGAACGUCUUCUCCCACCAGCUGCCUCGCAUGCCCAAAGAGUACAUCACACGCCUAGUGUUUGACCCGAAGCACAAGACUCUGGCCCUAAUCAAAGAUGGCCGUGUCAUCGGGGGGAUCUGUUUCAGGAUGUUCCCCACCCAGGGCUUCACUGAGAUCGUCUUCUGUGCCGUCACAUCCAACGAGCAAGUCAAGGGCUACGGUACUCACCUGAUGAACCACCUAAAGGAGUACCACAUCAAGCACAGUAUCCUGUACUUCCUCACCUACGCUGAUGAGUACGCCAUUGGCUACUUCAAGAAGCAGGGUUUUUCCAAAGACAUCAAAGUGACUAAGAGUCGUUACCUUGGUUACAUCAAGGACUACGAGGGGGCUACCCUCAUGGAGUGUGAGCUAAAUCCCAGAAUCCCCUACACAGAGCUCUCUCAUAUCAUCAAGAGGCAGAAAGAGAUCAUUAAGAAGCUGAUUGAGAGGAAGCAGAGCCAGAUCAGGAAGGUAUACCCAGGACUCACCUGCUUCAAAGAGGGGGUACGGCAGAUCCCUGUGGAGAGCAUCCCUGGCAUCAGGGAGACAGGCUGGAAGCCCAGUGCAAAGGAGAAAGUGAAAGAGUUGAAAGACCCUGACGUGUUGUACAACAUGCUGAAGAAUCUCCUGGCCCAGGUCAAGACUCACCCUGAUUCCUGGCCCUUCAUGGAGCCCGUGAAAAAGACUGAGGCUCCAGACUACUACGAGAUCAUACGCUUCCCCAUUGAUCUGAAGACCAUGACGGAGAGGCUGAAGAACAGAUACUAUGUGACCAAGAAGCUGUUCAUAGCAGACCUGCAGCGCGUCAUUACCAACUGCCGUGAAUACAACCCCCCGGACAGCGAGUACUGCAAGUGUGCCAACACACUGGAGAAGUUCUUCUACUUUAAGCUGAAGGAAGGGGGCUUGAUCGAGAAGUGAAGCUAGGGUCACAGGUCACCAUGCACAACAGCAGGAAGGAGCGCUCGUGGACACUCACUCACACACACUGUCUUGUGAUGACAUAGUCAGGGGUCAUUGCUAGCCAUAUUCCAACCCUUUUCCCCUCGUCUUUUCUUUUAGGAAGCCUUUAUUAAUGGCAGUGCGUGUUUAUGCAUGUUAUAUUUAUAUUACUGGUGGGUGAAGGGAACUGUGGGGUGUAACAACAACAUUUGGAGGUAAUUGGAAAGGCUCUGUAGGCGAGUUAAGUUUGCUAAUGUGUCGAAAUGACUCUCCAUCAAUCCCUCCCUCUCUCACUCUCUGUUUGUUUGUCUCCCUCUAUCCCUGUCUCACUACCCUCUGUAGUAUAGAAUCUCUCUGUGUGUUGCUGUCUCAUUCUGGUUUCAUUCUUGCUCCAAGUGACUCAUAGAAGGAGCUGUAACGUAUUCCUGUACCAAAACGACUGGUCCCACAGCAGAUCAUGUCAAACUUUCCACAUAGGUUACGUUCAUUUUAUAGGAUGUCAUUUUCAUGGAAUUGUUCCUCAAUCGGAUAAAAUAAUGCCCGCUUAGACAUUCACGCUCACAGCUCCUCCAGAUGGGAGUUGUAUUUUUGGUACUGACAUGGAAACGUGAGUAGGCUGGACUUGGGGACCUAUGCCGUUGUUGCCUUCCUGUACUGACAUACACUUGAAAAGAGGCCAGUAGACUUGGAGGGUAGAAAUACAAUGUGCCCUUGAGUUAGAAGACGAGACCUGUUCAGACUCGCAUUGUCGAAGUCAGGUUGCAGUCACAGAUAAUGUCCGCGUUCCAGGCUGACUACAUUGCAGACGCCUGCCACACCUCACAAGGCCUGGAUAGGUAUUUAGCAAUAAUUUAACCACAUCAUGUAACGGGACACGCUAACCAUUGGUUGAUACAAUGCAACAACUGAAAUGUAGUCAGCCUGAAGCGUGACCAUAGAUAUCCCUGUCUGACAUUGCAUUAUGUUGGAUUUGGCAUCACGUGAUUGGUCAGUAGAAAAACGUGCAACUUUCCAAUCCAAUCCUAAUGUUAGUGUAGUUGUCAAUACUGUUCUUUUCCCAUUCUCUUCUGGGCCAGUAUGGCCAUGUCACUGAUCUCAAACAUGGUUGUUUUUCUUGGGGAAACAUCAGAGAUGGCGUAGUAGUGUGUCAUUGUUGUUUUAAUGGUGUUGUCUGAUCUGAGGGUCGUCUCUGGAAUCCCAGACCAAGGGCAACAGCAGGAGCAUUGUUAAUGUGGGAGCCAAACCCGUCUGCCUAGGGAGACUACUCUGAGGGUUACUGGCCACCCUUUUGUUUCGGUUUCUGUUUGACCUAGAAAUAACCUGUUUCUGAUGGAAGCACAGGAUCCAACCACACUGUUAAACAUGACCGUUCGAUUUGUCAGUAUUUCUCUGAAAGGCCAUAGAGCCCUGCCAAUACAGUAUGUAGGUGUUGCACAGCACUUACCCUCCCUGCUGGUUCUGUCUCUUCUACGGUGGAUAUGUAUUGUGUUAAUAUGAUAAUGGCUGACAAACACACACAAAACAAGUGUCUGGUUUGGUGUUCACUCCAUACUCACAAGCAGUAUUGCAUGGUGGAGAACUAUAAUCUGUUCUGUUUUUACUGAGAUGGCCACGGCUAUUCACACAAACCCACUUCUUGGUCAUGGUCGGUGUCUGAUUGUCUGCCUCUUGAGAUGCCUUUGGUUCUCUGCUAUUUUGUAAAACGUUUUGGGGGAAAUGACUGGUCUGUGCUGGGUGGUUGAGUAUUCACUGAACUGUUGUGUGUGUUUGUAUUUGAAUCAUGACUAGCUUUGAGCAACUAAAGUGAUGUCAAUGUUUCGUUAUUCAGGGUUGUCAGUUAUGUAUCUCUCAAUCUACCUAUGUAUGCUGCAUUAAGAUUCUGAAAAUACUGUGUGAGUGAAAUGUUAAAAUAUUAAGACUGCUACAUUUUCUUUUAGUUAUAUGGUUUGAAGAGCUCUUUACUGUAAUACUCUUCAUGAAAAUAAAGUUUUUAUAGUAAAAUA